CACGUGUUUGCGGCUGAGGGUCGUGUGCAAGAGCGCGGUGGGCGGGGCGGAGGAGUCGCGUGCCGUGCGCAGAGCGCGUGUUGCGCAGCGCAGACGAACAUAAACAGCUACAGUCACGUCGCUGAGUCGGAGGCUAUGAGCAGCAGCGAGUGCUUCGGUUGCGGCCGCACGGGCCACUGGAUCAAGAACUGUCCAAACGCAGGCCGCGGCCGUGGAAAGGGUCGUGGCCGAGGGAAAGAUCUGUUCUGCUAUCGCUGUGGAGAGCCAGGCCACGUAGCGAGGGACUGCGAGAGGACCGAGGAUGCGUGCUACAACUGUGGCAGGGGCGGCCACAUCUCCAGAGACUGCAAAGAGCCCAAGAAGGAGCGCGAGCAGGUCUGCUAUAACUGCGGCAAGGCCGGACACAUGGCCCGCGACUGCGACCACGCUAACGAGCAGAAGUGCUACUCCUGCGGUGGCUUCGGACACAUCCAGAAGGGCUGCGAGAAGGUCAAGUGCUACAGGUGCGGGGAGAUCGGACACGUCGCCGUUCAGUGCAGCAAGGCCAGCGAAGUCAACUGCUACAACUGCGGGAAGUCCGGCCACGUGGCCAAGGAGUGCAGCAUCGAGGCCACCGCUUAGCCCCGGCCCCUCCAUCGCCCCUCCUUUCUCUGAUUGAUGGCUGUAUUGUUUUCUCUGAGUCCUCUUCGCUGGCCAUCGGUUGGCUGAUCGAGGCUAUUCCCAGGCCAGUGAGCUCUUGACAUGGAGGAGGAGGAAAGGGGUGGAAGAAAA